UAGCGUCUAGAGCGAUAUGGACGAGAACAGAUAUGACGUACGAUUGCACCGUACAUAGCUUCUGCUCUGUCAGCCACAACUAGUGUUAUCGCGAUCACUCACGGUUUUGAGCAACAGGCUCGCGAUAUAUAUAAUCAUUCGGCUCUCCGUGCUUCACCUACAUACCCACCUUUCCCCAAGCCUUCUCUCACAGCGACUUACAAGACAAGCACAAUGCCCGCUAUCACCUCUGGAACAGUUCUCGUUACUGGCGCGAAUGGCUACAUCGCCGUCUGGGUCGUCAAAGCCUUCCUCGAUCAGGGCUUCUCGGUCCGGGGCACGGUCCGUUCCGAGAGCAAGGCAACCCACCUCCGGUCGCUCUUCAAAUCUUUUGGAGACAAGUUCGAGGUUCUGAUCGUUGAGGAUAUUACGAAGGAAGGCGCGUUUGAUGAAGCCGUCAAGGACAUCGACGCGAUCGCGCACACCGCAUCCCCCUUCCACUUCAAGGCAGAGGACCCGGACGAGCUCAUCAUUCCCGCCGUGCACGGCACGACUGGCAUCCUCGCCUCCGCGCUCAAGCACGGCUCGUCCGUGAAGCGCGUCGUCGUCACCUCGUCCUGCGCGUCCGUGCUCACCCCGACGACCGAGCCGCGCGUGUUCUCUGAGGAGGACUGGAACGAGGCGAGCAUCGCGGAGGUCAAGGAGAAGGGCCGGGCGGCGUCGAGCCCGGCCAAGUACCGCGCGAGCAAGACGCUGGCGGAGCGCGCGGCUUGGGACUUCUGGAACAAGCACAAGAGCGAGGUGCGGUGGGACCUUGUGGUGGUGAACCCGCCGUUUGUGUUUGGACCGUUCUUGCAUGAGGUCGACAAGCCGGAGAACCUCAACGAGUCGGCUCGGGACUGGUAUGAUACGGUCGUGAAAGGCACUAAGGAUAACGACGCGUUGGUUACUAUUGGAUCAUCGUACGUCGAUGUGCGCGACCUCGCGCAAGGCCACCUGCUCGCAGUCACGAAGCAGGAAGCUAGCGGCGAACGUAUCAUCGUCAGCGCCGGGCCUUGGAAAUGGCAGGACUUCGUCAACACCGCGCAUCGCCUCCGCCCCAGCCUUCCCGCAGGUAACACGUCUUACGACCCGGCGACGACCGUUCACCUCAUCAGGUACUCUCCUGAUAAGGAGCGUAAGUUGCUUGGGGUCAAGUUCAGGACCAUUGAGGAAACGACGAAGGAUACGUUGGAUGACUUCGAGGCUCGUGGUUGGCUGUAGGGUCAUGUGAUUGACGAAGGAACCGUGUGUAUGUAUGAUACCUCUUCAGUUCGGAUGUCCAUCCCACAAUUUCAAAUGGC